CGUGUCUUCAACAGGUGGGAUAUUCGGGCUUUAAGAGCUUUCCCGCAGACACACAGAAGCCAGUCGUCAGAAUCAAACUGACCGGAGCUUUGUUGUGCACGUACACACAAUCUAAAGUUGUUGUUGAAAAAUACGUAAGUACAUUUUUAUUAGUAUUAUAUAUCCCCGUCGACUUCUUUUACUGAAAUUAUUUGUGGCACUUUAAAAAACCGCAGAAAAAGAACUUCUGUUUUUUUUUCCUCGGAAAAUAUUAUUUUAAAGAAACUUAACGAGCGUUUCGUUCGAAUUAAAACUACAAGGCGCAUUGUAAUAUUUUAAAGUGUACAUUAUUAUUUUUAUUAUUUUUUCUUACAAAAAUUGUCCUCCAAAUUAGUAAUAAUUUAAAUGCGGAAAAAAAAUUAUAAUGUAAUUUCUAAGAGCGUAUAGGGGAUUUUUUUUUUUUACCUAAAUAAUUCAAAAUGUUUUUUGUUUUUACUCGUAGAGUUACGAUUUAUUAAAUUGAAUAAUAUGUAUUAUUCAAUAAAAAAUAUAUAGGUAUAAUAUUUUUCUAAAUGGUUUGUUUGAAAUAUUCAUUGUCAUUGCGUUUUAAAAAAAAAUUCUUAAAUUAAAUUUUACGGAAUAUAUAACAUUAUAAUCAAGUUCAAUUUAAAAAAAAAUAAUAAUAUUAAUUUAAAUCAAAAUGCGUAUGUUUUGUAUUUUCACAAUGGAGAUUGUAUGUAUGCGCGGGUACGCCUAUACGAGAUUUGUUUUACUUAUAUAUUCCUAUGUUAAUUCUUCUGAUAAAAUAUUGUUACAGUAAUUCAUAAUGUAUUAUUUAUUAAUUAUGGUUGAUAACUAAAAAAAAAAAUUACCUCUAAAAAUGUAUUUAAAAAAAAACACUGCUAAACAUGAAUAUUUUUAUCUUUUUGAAAUCGAUGCAAAUAAUAUAACUUAAAAUCAUGUCACUUUGAUUUUAAUAAUAAUAAGUAUAAUUGCAACGAUUUUAUACAAAUUAUCCAUUUUGUUCACAGUCCCUUUAUUAUAUUUUAACUACUAUUAAAUUGCAAAAAAUACCCGUAAUACUCUUGCAAAUUUUGGUUUAUCGAUAAAUUAUUGGGAACGCUAGUAGUUGAAGCGUUUUUACUGAAUUUAAUCAUUACAGUAAAAAAUGCUUAAAAACAAUAAACAUUAUUUCAAUUGUUUAGAUUAAUAAUUGCUUUAUUUUUGACACGAAUUUUAAAAAAAAUAUUACCGAUAAAUCAAAUGCUGACUUGUCAAUUUUAAAUUUAAAAAAAAAAAAAAUAAUUGACCCCGAACAUUCAACACAUUUCGUAUAAACUUACAUAUAAAACUAACGAAAAUAUUUUCGUUUUUUUCGUUGAACCCUACAUAUUUUACAGGAAAUUAUUAUUUACUUACUGAAAUAUAGUUUCAUAGCUUCUCUAUACUUACAAAUAAUGCAAACAAUUUGCAAAAUCAGAGGAGUUUUUAGUACUUCUUUGCGUAUCUAUUUUUUUUUCCUACGAAAGUAUAAUCAAACUUUUAAUUAACCUUUAAUUCGACGUUUUAUAUCACGAUAAUUGGUACUUAUAGAAAAUGUAAUAAUUAUUUUUUUGACAAAAUAAAGCGCCAACGAACACUCAGAAAGCACUGCACAAAUAUAAUAUUUCGUAUUCCUCGGAUAAUAUAACGAUAUUUAAAUGCGUUAUAAAAAUAAAAAUAAAAACAAUGCAAUAUUUUCGGUUUUAAACGAGAUGGAUAAUCUGCUUCUCGCCUACUUUUUGAUUCUCAUACUAUACGACGGGCUUAACAAUAUGCAUAAAAACUGUUUAAAAAUCGUACACUUACGCUUAUACACAAAAAGAUAUAACAGUAUAGGUAUAUUAUUAUAUUUUAAUUGAGUAAAAUCAAGUUUUAUUAAGAACGAUUGUACAAUCAUCAUUAACGAACGCUUACCUCGGGUCGUACGCCACAUUGCAGGUAGAGCAGGUCGUAAUUUUUUACUUAAAAAAAAAAAAAAUAAUAAAUAAUUAAUUAAUAAUAUUGCGACUAGGAUUCAAUGUCCGAGUACUGUGCGAUGUCGGUGCGUAUAGACAAUAUUGCGAUUCACGGAGUCGUGACUCACCGUGAUCAAUUUCAUUGUUUGACGGUCGUAAUAAUUUCACUGUCGUAAUUUUUCGAUUAGGGUAGGUUAUAAAAUUCUCUAAAUUAUUAUUGUUAUUUAUCGAUUUCAAUAAAAUCUGCCGGAAAUGCCGUUGAGUAUUACCCGUAUAUCUAUGUGUGCAUUAUAUUGUGUAAAGCAGAGAACCGAAAGUAUUCGUUAUAAUAAUUUUUUAGUAUCGAUUAAAACCCCCAUGUUGACGUUUUUUUUUUUUAUACCUACACUGAUUAUAAUAUUUAUAUUAAUCGAUUUAUCGCGGUCGGAAUAAUAAUGUUGAAAUUUAAUUUCUCUAAGAAAACGAAAAAUGAUCAGAACAUAAAUAGUUGUAUAAAAAUGUAACCGGAAAUGGAUUAUACUAUUAUAAUAUUAAACCAUAUACAAUAUUUUAUUAUACAGGUAUUUUCACAGAUUUAAUUCAAUAUUCUUCUAAUAAAAGUCACGUAUAGUUGAUCAAUAAUAAUUAAUAUUCAAUCCAGUAUUUUAUUCGUUAACGAUCCAUACUUGUACGAGUUUGUUUACCAACAGAAUAUUGUUAUCUGAUGAACGUCUACAAGUUAUUAUCUUUAUCUUAAUUUAUUAUUAAAGUUGUUCAACAAUAUUUGUAUUAUACGUAUAAUCUUUUAGUAAUUUCGUUAAUUAUUUAAUCUUGUUUACAAUAUUUUACAAAUUGUUCUCAUACGUGUUAUUUCCCCCGGCUACAAUAUUUAUAGUCAAAAUGAAUUACUUUAUCAAACGAUUUUAGCAGUCGGUGAUGUAUAUAGAUAGAGAGAGAGGGAGAAAUUAGGAAGAUAUAUCUAUCCCCUUGACCUUUUUUUUUUUUUUUUUAUUAUUAUUCUAUUAAUAUUAUAUGAGACUUCCUAUUGCAUUAAAUUCAAUUUCGCGUAGAAAAAUAAUAAAAAUGUGUUGCUUAUACAACAAAAACCUUGUAUACGUAUACAAGUACAUUUUCUUGUUUAAAACGAUGCACUAAUCAAAUACACCUAAACAAACUAACACUCUACCUAAUACUAAUAUUAUACUCGUUUGAUUUCGAUUUCAAUUUUAGGGUAAAUUGAAUAAUAUAAAAUAAAUCACUUUCAAAAAUGUAAAAAAAAAUUAGUUUUUUUUUGUCUAUCUAGUCAAAUUUAAAAUAUUUUUCAAUCUUAAAUACGCUAUUACACCGUGUUGGGUGCACGCAAAUUUGUUGUAACAUAUUGUUUCGGUUAACUCGAAUACAAAAUGAUUUUUCUCGGAGACCAAAUAUAUUAUUUUUGUCUCGUACACGUACGUGAUGCGUUUUCUUAACAUUAUAGAUAUCACUUUGUGGUUAUUUAUCUCUAUUCGUAUUCUGAACAAUAAUGAACGCAGCUAAUAUCGUACAGCAAUAUUGAAUUUAUCGUAAUGAAUGCCGUUAAAUAUGUGUUUACGUAUCGUUUGGUGGAAAACCUUUUUUGGUGAAUGAAUACGCUAUAAAUCUAUACCACUUCAUUUACCGAUCGGAAAUUACAUGCAGAUUGAAGUUAUUCGCCCUAUCGAAAUAUUGUCGUUGUACGUUUUCAUUGUUUUCAAAAUGUCGACAUUAAUUUAUUUAAAUCAAUAAGUAGCCAAGUAACUGGUGGUUAAUUGUAAUAGAAUUUCCAUAACUUAUACGUUAUCUUUGUAUUUUAAAAGUGAAAUUAAAUUCUCAAUUUAAUAAUUUCUUACCCACUCGAUAACCGACACUACACCGAAAAUAUAUAUUUUUAACUAAAAUAACAUUUAUGAUUUUAGAUUUGGAGCAUAACGAGAAAUGUAUUAGUUUUAUAAUGAUGUUAAUUUUUUUUUUUCGUGAGCCUUUUUUUUACCCAAUAUUUUGCUUCGAUAUAUCAGGAGUGUAGCACUUUUUUUGAAAGGAAAUUUUAUCUUUUUGGCACUUUAAGAGAUUGUAUAAGAGAAAUUUAAAUUAAAUUCCCCUUCAUAGUCAACCUUUCCAAUUUCUCACCUAUAACAGUGACCCACUCAUCAUGCGAAGUAUGUCCGUCUUUUUUUAAUUUGACAUAUUACUUGAAAUUCUUCUCUAACGUAGGUAUUAUUUGGUUUUGUAUAUAGAAUGAAAAUGCAACAAUACCUUUAAAUCUAUGCAUUUUUAAUACUCUAUAUAAUUUUAAAUAGUGUUCAGGAAACAAUCAUAGUGACAAGACUUCCAAAAUGUUUUUCCCUCGUACAUAUAUUUUGUUUAUAAAAAUGUUUAUACUACUACAGUUUAAAAAUAAAAUGCAAUCCCCUCAAAUAUUAACCUACGUAUAGCUGCCCUGUCCUGCCUCAGUGAAAAUAAAGUAAACAGGGUCUGAUUACGUAUAAUUUAAUAGGUAUUAAAGAAUUUAUCUUUAACGCAGUUAAUUCUAGUUUUUAAAAUUGCAUUAAAAAUGUGUCAGUUGCAAUAAUUAAAGCAUUUUCUCGGACUUCGAAGAUUUAAAUCAAUAAAGAGGUCUAAUGAUUUUAUUUUAAAUAAGAAAGGGGGAAUCCGUCCCCCUCCACCCUUUACUUUAACCACUGCUAAUUUUAUAGAUAUAUUGAUUAAUAUAAAUUAAACUUUACAGGUUAACAAUAAUUUUGUGAACUUAUAAGUACAGAUUUAUAGGGUAUUGAAAAAUCCAAUAUUUAUCAUUUUAAUACCUUAAAUGAUUAUUAUUAUUACUUACAAUAAAUUGUACAAUGUAUAGAUGUGUAUUGAUGUUUUUCAAAAAGAAAAAUUUCCCAAACAACACUAGUCUAAAGGUAAAAUUAUCAAUGUUGAUUUUUCGUAUUUCAAUUAAUAUUUUUCAGUUUUAAUCUUUACUCGUAAUUUUUAUUUAUGCGCAUUUAAAACUUUUAAAACAUCUUAUUGACACUAUAGCUCUGCUCGGAAACAUUCGAACGUGACACAAUAUUCAUCAUUGUGUGCUUAUUUGCAUUUUUUUUUCUUGAAAAACCCUUUUUGGAAAAUAAAACAGUAUAGUAUACGCUCAAAAUGAUUUAUCCGUUAUAUUUGCAAAUAGACAAUAUCGAAGACUGUUUUAGAGACGGAAUUUUCCAAAAAUCCGAAAUCAAUCGUUGUUGCUACAACGAAUAGUUGUAUAGUAUAGUUUACUCAAAAUACGUUUAUUUGAACGAAAUAAUUUAUGGUGUUGAAAUAAAUUCAAAAUCACUUUUUAAUAAUUUCCAAAUUUUUAUUUUUUAUUAAAUUUAUCUGAAUAAUAUGAACUGAUCAUAAACAUUAUAAUUAUUGAUAUAUUCAUAUGUAAGGAAAUCCAUUUAGAAUAUUUAUUUGGUCGAUAUAUAAACUAAACCUUGUUGUACGGGUGUUAUCUUAAAUGUAAUACACAUAUUUAUUUUUUGUUACAACCAUAACAUUUAAAAUAUUUAAAACAUUAUAUUUAGUUUAUAUAAUAUUAGUAAGUACUUAUUAUAUGAGUACAUUAUAUUUGUUUUAUUUAUCAUUCAUUUUUUUAAAAUUAUUUUAACGGUAUAAAAUGAUGUGGUUAGGUUAUUAUACCAAUAACAGACUUAGGGGUGGAUCGGCCCUUCGGGACACCGGGAUUUUCCGGGUUGACUGGUACUUAUUUUGACGGAAAUUGUUGAAAAAUACUGCUAUUGUAUAAUGUACAUAAACACGAAUAUUAAAAGUCAAUAAAAAUUAAAAUAAUACUGUAUUUGGCAGGAAGGGAGGGAUAAGCAUAAGCGUACACAUAGGGGAGGUAGGAGAGCCGGCUAACUCUUCUGUUCGAUUUUCGCUUAAAAUAUUUAAAAAAAAAAAAUACUAAACCUUAAUGUACUCUUAAUUUUGUGCAUUGGCGAAAAUAGGGGAGAGAUUUUUAGAGGAUUUUGACAUCCCCAAAUACUCAACGAAGCUUUCUAAAAUAAAGUCCUCAUCAAGUAAAUACCAAGUAUACAUAAUAAAAAUCUUCUUGAGAAGACUUGCAUAAGUGUACACGCUUCUGAGGAUAAGUACCAAAAGGCAGAAAAAUGUUAAUACAUUUAAGUAAAUAUAUUUAUUUUACGAAAUUUGUAAAUAAAUAAUAAUAAAGAAAAUUACUAAGUUCAAUUUCUGGAACUUAAUAAAUGGCGAACUUUUUUUUAGCAUCCUAAACUUUUCUAUUGAAAUCGGAAUAGUGUAAUAUUAAAUAUUUAUUUUUUCUUAAUAAAAAAAAAGGUGGGGGGUUGGUUCACUUAAGGUUGAGGUAAUUUUUUUGUUGGUUCUUGGAUAUGGUCAUGUGGGCCACUAGAUUUUAUUUUUCUUGGGCUGGUCAGAUCAUGUCUAUCCGCCCCUGAUAACAGUAAUGAAAACGAACGCGUGUUCAUUUAUCAUAAUAAUUAAUAACUGACGACCGGUAAAUUUAAAUUUCCUUCAAACAAUAAUCCUUCUAUUUGAAAUCGUUUUUGAAUAUUUUGGUUAUCUAAAUUUAAUAUUCUUAAGAAUAUAUUUCGGACGAAUAAUUAUAUUUUAAACAAAGUAACUGUAUCCUUGUAGGCUAUAUAGGUAUAAACCUAACAUAACCCAUCUAGUUUGAAGAUUUCAGCGUUCUAAUAAAGUAUUGUAUUAUUACGAGUAUAACACUGACCUAGAUAUUAUUUCAGGGACGACCUUCCGGGAAAACUCAUUUUUAGUAAACAUAUUUUAAAUAUUGACCUUCUCGAAUGUCUAUUUUCAUUUUUUUUUUUUUUUUGUUGCAUUGUAUUAUUCGGUUUUAUGAUUAUAUCGUGUGCACAAUAAUUCUUCGGCUAGGUGAUUUCAAGUAAUACCGAAAAAAUAAGAUAACAUUUUGACAAAAAAUCUUAAACAUUACGAUAUUUCAAAAUAUGCCUUAACUAACUCCGAUCCAAAUCGGUUUUAGUUAGCGAUGGUUCAUCUUUGCGUACAUAUAUAUAUAUAUAUAAUAACUUUAUGUAUCUUGGUAUCCUACCUACCCAACUUCCCACCUACAACAGUGGUUGCACCCGUCCUCAGUAUAUGAGCUCUUUUUCUCUGAUUGUUUUGAUCUCGUGUUUGUAUUGCGCUAUUUGUAAUUAUUAAGAAAUACUACUUUUAGAUUCCGAGCGUAGCGUGUAAGCUAUUGGUUUUAUGAUGCUGUUUAUUUUUUAUUGUUUUUUUCUUCUAGUCUGUGGACACGUUUUUUCUUUGCUCCGAUUUUUACGUGUAGCAACUAUUCUGAAAGCUCAAGUUGUCUAGAUGUUACUUCAAUGGGUCAUUUUUGAUUUUCGACGUCAUUUUUUAAAUAAAAGCACUUAAGUGGAAAAAACUUAGGAAAACGUACAAUUUCAUGAUUUCAUUAUUUUAUAAAAACACGAAUGACAUUUUUUACCAGAAAAAAUGAUUUAAUCGAAAAAUUACACGAUGUAUUGUUUGUUGCCUUUUUGAUUUACUUUCUUAUGGUAUCGUUGCUAAAACUUUUGAGCCAUUUUUGAGCUUUGAAGGAAUUUUUGGAAGUUUUUUUCUGUAGUUCGGUUAUAAAUACACGUAGAGGUUUGAAACUUGGUAAAAAUACUUAUAUUAGACUAAGACUAACCUAGACGCGAUAAAAUUUCCGAAAUCAUUAGACGGCUUUUUUCCUUUUUUUAAUUUUUUUGCAAUGGUACUUUAUUAUUUUUUUUUUUAUAAUAUAGACCACUCUUAUUCUGGAAAACUUGCUCCGAUGUAUAAAUGUGGUACCUUUUCUGAAAGUCAAUUUUAUCUACUUAGUAAAUACAUAGGUCGGGAAUCAAAUACGACUUUUUUCACAAUUUCGUCGUUUUAAAUAAGUACAUACUACGUUUUUUAGCAUAAAUAUGGCUCCAAUUGAAAAACGACAAGAGACUUUUUUUGUUGAAUUAUUAAUUUUGUUUUUAAUGAUGUAGUUCAUUUUUUUUUUCAAACUAGUUUUCAUAAUAAUCGGGAAGAAACGCAGAAAGGUUAAUUUAAAAAAAAUUACGGCACUUCAAAUUAUGUAUUACUGAACUGCGCUCGGAAUCGUCUUUCGUUAGAAAUGGUUUAUCGUUGCUUAAAUGAAAUAACCUUACCUUAAAUAUCCUACUUUCUAAAUUUCUCACCUAUAACAGUGACCGCUCCCAUUUUAAUAUUAAAUUUAAUACACGGGAAUUACACCUACAUUAUUAUUAUCUAUUUAUUAUGUUAUAGUUAUUAAAUUUAGGAAACUGAUAUUAUACUAUAGGUGACAACAUAUUUUGUUCGAAAAUAAAUUUUCCAAAACUGAAUAGGUAGUUGAACACGUUAAUAAUGGGAUUGGUUUACAUAGGUAUGCAUCCAAUUUCAAUAAAUUCGAUUAAUUCGCGUUUUGACAUUAAAUUCAAUCUAUUGUCAAAUGAUUAUGCCGAACCGUGAAUCGUGAGUAUAUUUUAAUGCUACUUCAGUAUACAGUACAGUAUCACGUAGGAGGAUACAUGUACAUAUAGUUUAAUACAUAUUUGUAACGUCGGUUUAUUGAUUAUUAGGUAUAUAUUGUCUAUAGAAAUUGCAAUGAGAAAUGACACCCAAUACGGCGGUGAAAAUUAAAUUGUCUAAAGGUAUCGUUAUUAUUAAAUAUCAAACAGUUUAUUGGAAUAGCCGAUAGACGUGCGUUCAAUGUAAUUUAAAUAAAUAUAUUAUUAUUUAACAUAGUAAGUAUUUCCGCACCAACUUGUUAUAACUGAUGACCAUUUCCUACUAUAAAUUCCUAAUAUUUCCUAAUAAUUUAUUUAAAAUAUUUAACAAAAGUUUACUGUCAAUGUUCCGGUGAAACUUUUUGUAGAAAAUCAAGUGUAUUUUAAAAAAUUUUCUUGGGUCAUGUAAUUAUAUUUUUAUUUAAAACGUAGAACAUAUUGACAUAAACAUUGAAUUUAUGCAUAUACAGUGUAUCAAUAGGUUCUAACAGUAUGUAUUACAUCAUUAUAUAGCAGGAAUAAAAAUAAAUAAAAAAAACUAAACUAUUUAUACAUUAGUCAUUACUUAUAGUCUAUAGACUAAAAUGGCAUAUUAUGUUAUAAAAGCACUAAUAUAAAUCGAUGAUCUUUGUAUAUAAUUAUAAGGAGGAUGUAUUAUUUUGGACAAAAUAAGUGAAGGGAUGAAAAAUGUAGAUUAUAAUAAGUGGUGGGAUGUCGUCCCCCCGUAUGCUCUCACCUCAACCACUGGUCAUAUGAUAAAUAACGUGGAAAUCAAACCCACGCGUAUGGGUUGGACGGUACCAUGCGAAAACAAAUAUAAUUUUAAGGCGGUUGUGAUACCGUUGGCAACAAAAGCAAGACCCACUCUCCCCCCCCAAUUAUCAACCAUUAAAUAAUAAUAAUAAAUUUAAUACACGUUCAGGUUUCAACAAUUUGAAAUUUGAAGAAAACUGUGUAUAAAUUAUUAAAAGAUAUAGCAAAGUUUUGCAUUCUGAAAAUAUUGGGUACCAAUUUUAAAAUGGGGAUUUUUAAGUAUUCCCUCCUUUAGUUGUAUAGCUCUAACUGUGUAACUAAUGAGUUAAACAUUCGAUUUUCUGCAGAAAAAAAAAACAUUAAAGAUUUAGCAAAUUAAUUUUUUUAUACAAAUCCUCUUUAUGAUCCUCUCUUAACUGAUUUGAUUAUACAAAUAAAUACAAUGCAUAGUAGACGAUUUUAAAGUAGGUAGGUAAUUUGUGCGUUUACUGAUCUAAUUUAAUACAAUAAUAGAUACAGUAGGUAUAUUUCCCGAUUUCCCGACAGACUCAUUCUUCCCUACGGCCAUAGGUAUAUAUUUAAUUUCGAUAUUUUAAAAAAUAGUACGGUAACUGCAAUAAAACCGACAAAGUUGAUUUUAUUUUUGAAUUAUAAUCAUUUAUCACAUUAUUCGAUUAACCUACCUAAUUUGAUUAUUCAAAUGAAUUUGAAUUGAAAACGUACUCGAAAAUGCGUUCAUUUCACUAUGUCGAAUGGCAUUUGACAAAAGAAGGCAAUUAAUUAAUUCACAGAUUAAUACUAUAUGGUAAUUAUAUCAAUGCACUCACCUCUUAGAGUAAAAAUAUGAGUACAAUAAACGUAUAUAGGUACCUGAAAUUCAUAAAUCAUAAUAUUUAUUGUUAUACUGUUUGCUGUUGAAAUUAUUACAGUGAAAUUUAAAUUUUCCCACAAAAUUAUCGAGGAUAAUAUAGGUAUCAACAAACUACUUUUACACAUAUUAAUUAAUUAUAUAACAAAUUAAAAGAAAGAUUGUUUUUUGUCUCCUUGCAUUAUAUUCAAGUGCCUAUUAUUGGUGGUUUUAGACGGGUGGCGAGAUAGGGGGAUCGCCGCUCUCCCGUGGCCUUUGUUUAUAUGUAUAAACAUCCUAAUAAGUAAGCGGUGCACUUUUAUACGUCCCUUGGUGGAUACCAUAUUAUUAUCACUUCUUUAGCAAUGUAUUAUCAUGGCAUUGCCUUGAAAAUAUUUAUACUUGCUUCUCCCGUGAUGAUAAGAAAAAAAGGCACAAUAGUCGAGUGACUAGCUACUUUUUUUUUCUAUUAAUAAAUAUGUUUUACUAUUAAAUAAAUUAUGAAAGAUAAUCUAUGUUUUUUUUUAUCGAUAAAACUUUUACCUAUACGCUUUAUAGUUGGUGGUAAUUAAUCAAACUGAUUUUCAUCUCUCUAAAAAAAAGAAAAUUGAUAUGUGUAUACAUAAUAUGCAAAAUAUUUUUGCCCCCCACCUCUACUGAGGUUUUUCAAGAACCUUCCAUAGCACCACUACUAUUCAACAGCCGUUCGAAUUUGUAUGUAUGGUGGAUUAGAUGUCAUAAAAUAGCGGCUGGUGUGCACUGUCAUACUAUAAUGUAUAGGCGACGAUGAACGUCCAUAAGUUUGCAAAAUUGUAAUUCAGUUGUUGCAGUUUGUUUUCAAACAAAACUUGUGUUCCAAACAUUUACAUUGUUAAAUAAUAUUAUAAUAUAUUACAUUAUUGUAUAUACGUGGCUGCGUUUGUGCAUAUUUUCCACACGAUUUUAAUGUUGUUUAAAGAGCUCAAAACGGUAUAUUAUUAUUAUAUUGUGUUUGAUUGUAUACGAUUCUUAAAUCGGUUUAUCUGGUUUAUCAAAUUUAUAUAGUAAGCAUAUUAUUUGUGUGGUGUGCUUUUGUGUGUAGGUAUAGGUACUUUGUAUUACAUAAAUAUAAGGCGUGAAAUUCAAUUUACAAACUAUAAUUCAGGCCUGGGGUGUCAAAAUAUGUGUGAUUAUUUGUGACAUCGUUGUGAGGGCAUUUCGUGAGGAAAGAGAAAUCUAAAGCACUAAAUCAGUAAGAAUUACAAUGAAAAAGAAAUCGUAGGAGGAAAGAGGGAGAGAGAGGAAGACCGAACAAGAGGUGAUCGCAUGCCAUUGACAAUGAUAUGAGGACAGCCGAUGUAUGCGAAGUGGACGAUCAGACCAUGUAGACGUUUAGAAUGAGAGUGGUCAACCCCAAAUUUUCGGGAUGAGGGCGAAGGAGCUGAAGAAGAAGAGAAGAAUUGUUACAUCGUUGUCCUAAUAUGAUUAGAUUGUUCUGGUCUAAUAUUAAUAUAUUAUUGUUUUAUCUUUUCCUGACACUUAUGCCACUGGAUUAUCUUUAUAAUAUUAUAAUAUAUUUUCAAUUAUUUGUCGACUUUUAUUAGCACUGUGUGAUGUAAAAUUUGAGAUCCAACUUAGUACCUAUACCCAUUUUUACUAUAAUUGUGGAAUAAUUUAUUUGCCAAUUCGCUAUGGUUUCGUUUGGGAAUUUUCACGUUACACAAAAAGUUAGAAAUAUAAUAAAAAAAUAAAUAAGAUUUUGUAUCUUUGUUCGUAAAACUUUUGGUUCUAUAUAACUAUUCGUAAGUAUCUAUAUAUAUAUAUAUAUUAUUUUUGUUGCCCAAUGUUUUGUCUUAAAUCAAAAGGUAAAAUUAUUAGUUUUAUUUAAAUUUUAUAUAUUUUCGUUGCUCAAUUGAAAGUUGUUUGACAUUUAUCGUGGUAAUUUCAAAUUUACAACUUUGUGUCUCAAAAAUAUAAAUUUUGAUUUUGAUUAGCUUUAAAUAUGAUAACACUAAUUUCAAAACCAUACACUUGUAGUUUUGCCAUUCAAAUCAUUGAUGGCACUAUAAAAUACAAAUAUUUUCAAACGAUCAUUUUUUUUUUUACUGUUUUACAUAUUUUCAGGGAAAUUCGUUACAACGUUAAAACAUCUAAUUCGGAACAUUUUUAAUAAAUACCUAACAUAUUUGUUUCGAUAAGUUAUAUCGCAAUUUUGUAUAUAUGUGUCGUACCUACGUAAUUAUAUGUUUGACGUUUGUAACGUAUGUUUGUUUUCAAUUUUGUUACUAUAGCUCAGCUAUCUAUCUAAGUAGAAUUUAAUUUUAUUUUAUGACCGUAAAGUUUUUUUUUUCGUAAACGAAUGUCAAAUAUAAUAAUCCAUUAUAAGCACAUGAUAUUAUUAUACCUACGUACGGUGUACUUAAGUGUGUCGUAUCGAUAAAAUGACACAAAAACUCAUUCGGUUGGUUUAUGUCAACCAGGAGCAGAUGCACGGUGCGCCCUAUCAUAACGUGCCCUUUACAAUACAUUAUCAUAUUGUAACGCUUACAAUUUUAGAGAAAUAUGAAUAAAGAAGAAUAGGUAUAAUCUUAGGUAUAAAAUAACUCCAAAUCCAAAAAAUCGCCUUUUCAACUUUUAUAAUAUUUUUAUUUUUUGAAGGGGGGAGUGAAAUUUUGAUAUUCUAAAUAAUUUUGUCCCCUUCCUCUUGAACUUAAAUUAUAACCAUCGCUGACUUUUUUGUAUCUACUGUGAUGAUUUUCGGUGAUAUUGGCAAUUUUUUUAAUGGUAAAACAUUUAAUUCUUAAAAUAUGUUUUCGAAUAACGUAAAUGCGAAAAUAUUUUAGAAGUUCGAUAAGUACACGCUAUAAAAACAAUAAACGAUUAUGAACUAAUUGUACUAAUAAAUAUUUGAAGAUUGAGAGUAUUAAUUAAAAAUUUAUUCUGAAAACAUAAUAUGUAAUAAUUACUUUAAAAAAUGUAAUUGUUCUUGUAAAAAACCGUGUGAUCACAUAUAUCUAUGUAAUAUCUGAAAUCUUAAGUAUUUAUGGAUUCGAGGAGUACAAAUUCGUAGUGUAGUUUUUUAAUGUUUGAUUUGUGUUCAAUCAUUGUAUUUUGAGGAGUUUGGGUAUUACUUAUUUAUUAUAACCUCUUUGUAGAAGUACAAUCGGUUAUCAAUAUUACGUUGACAUCUUUUGGGAUCUGUUUAGUGUUUACUGUCGGAACCCGAGAAAGAAUUAAAUGUAAAACAAAAGUAAUACUAGGUGUAGAAAAAAAAGAAAAUGAAAAGAUACUCAAGAGUUUUAAAACGUCAAAAUUAAAUGCGUUCUAAACUGCUAACCAUAGGUACCUAAUUUGUAAACAAGGAUUAAAACAAAAUAUAUGUUCAGAGGUAGGAACGGUCAUAUUCACGUAGGAUCACAGUGAACUUUGUAUCCGGCCACCCUAAUUUUAAAAUCUACUUCAAUCGUAUCUUUUAAAUUAAGAUUUUUUUUUAAAGUUUCAUAACUUUGCUAUUCGGCAACAGUUAAUCCGAUGCGAUGUCUUAAUGCCGAUAACCGAGCCGAUGGACCGAGAUUAAAUCCUUCGUUUGUGAUCGAGCGGCGUUUUUGAAUUGCAGACAGGUUUAUUGGCAUCAUUUUAUUUCAACCUCCCAACUACAUUUGUUAAUCAAAUAAAAAAAAAAAAUGUCACGAGACAUUAAAAGAGUAUAGAUAUAAUAUAAAACAGUUAGAUAUGGAAAAAAACUUUUAAUAAUUGAUUCGGAAAGAAAAUGCUCCGGGCUUUGAAUAUUUCUUUAAAUCGCGCGCUUUGAACGUUUAUUGGUAAAAUUGUUUCAUCAUCGUUACCAAUAUAUUUGUUUCGUUUAAAAUCGUGUUUAGAAAAACCAAUGUACCGUACAAUUGUUUUAUUAUUAUUAUUAUUUUUAUUAUAAUGCAGGUUUUUGUUUAGCGAUAAUCGUAAAAGAAACGAAUCGUUUACAUCAAAGAAAAGUAUAAAAUAAAAUACAAAUGAGUUUGUGUACUCGAUUUAGUACAUUUUAACACUCCUUUUGACAAAAAACCAUAGCGAUAUUCCUUAUUUUGAAUAGAGUUUUUUUAUUUUACACACUCGUAGGUAUACCUAUAUUAUUAUUAACACGCUGCGUGUAAAAUAGUUGUGAAUUUCGUAUAGUUUACUAUUUAUCGAUGAUAAUCGGCUAUUUUGUAGUUGAUUCAAUAAUUAUAUUACUUCCUCGUUACUUGGCAACCGUUUUGACGUAACAAUAAACUUGACAUUAACGGUAUUUUUUCCAAGUCGACUCACCUGUAAUAAAAUAUAUCAUUUGAGAACUAUAAUUAUCAUUACAUAAAUCGAUUGGUUUGAAAACUAAAAAUACUAAAUAGUGUUAAACGUAAUAUUAUAGAAUAUCAUACUUACAUGUGAUUAUAACGAUAUGUCCUGUAAUACUGACCUACAAUACGUUAAAGUUAUACUCACAUUGGCUAACAAUAUUACUAAUUUACCAUCACAAGUUUGAAAUGUUUUACUAUUUCCCUGUAGGUUAGAUUAAAAAUAUUUAACGUAGUUUUUUUAAUGAAAGUUUUUUUUAAAAAAAGGAGUUUUUGAUCUCCCCCGAAAAUUUAAGCUUUUCAUAAUAAAAUUAGUCGGUACUUUGAUUUUUACCCAUUUUGUUAUUAUUAUUUUUUCUCUAGUAAAUUGUUAGUUGGUGAUCAAUUUUUUGUUUGGACCUCCUCCACCGGCCUAAAAAAAAAUCCUGACUAUGUACCGACAAAAAUUAUAAAAGUGUAUUAUAAUUAAUGUAGGUACAUUUGAAAAUGUAAUUUUUAACUUAAAAGGACACUGAAAGUUCGUGUAAAAUUUGUGUGAAUUUUGUGUAAUGCGUUUCCACCACAGCAGUUUGGACAUCAAAAUUGCGGCGCACACAACAUAAAAAAGUUGAUGCGAAUUUUUUUGUAUAGUUUAUAUAGUAUAAGUAAAUUGAACGCACCGAAAAGAUAAAAAUAAUAUGAUGUAGGUACAAUUAAACCACUUGUUGAAAACUUAUAUAUAUACGUCACAUGUGACUGUGUUAUUUUAUGUUAUGGUCACAAUUUCGCGCAAAAUUUUAAUGUUCGAUUUUUUAUAUAAAUAUAAUGUUUAGUAUUACUUUUAUUGUACCAGCAAUGUAUGGCACUAUAGAUUUUGACGGAAAUUUAAAAUAAAAACAGUAUUUUUAAAAUCACAUAAAUUGAUUUGUAUUGCAGUAGUAAUAAUAAUAUCAUGUAGAAUAAAAUAAUUUUAUUAUAAUUCCGUAACAGAUAUCCUUUCAGUGCAGCUAACGCAUUGGACGUAUCAUAGAGAAACACAGUUCACAGGCCACUAACGCACCGGUUAGUUAAUAAAUUCAAUUAAUUAAGAUGGGCAGAGAGGUGAUGGAGAGGGGUGGAGAGAAAUAGGAUAUAGAAUAAAAAAACAAAACCCGGGCCUAUGGACGUACCGUUGCAAAAAGUGUCUGGACAGUGGACAGUGAAAGGGUUAGAUUCAUAUAUUGUACUAAUCAGUAUAGUCCUUAUAUUUUAAAAUGUGUUUAAAGUAAACGAAAUAAAAAUGUUUUUAAUGUUGUUACGUUCGAUGAAAAUUAAAUUAGUUUAUUUUACUGACCUUCCGGUAAAAAUUCCUCAUGUAAGUUCAGUUGGCCUUAAUAAAUAAUUCAAUGAAAUCCUUUUUUUUUUUUUAAUUUUUUCGUGUAACUUACUUUUUAAUCGCUUUAUCUUUCGAAACAUUAAACAAACUUAUAUCUAAAUACAUUCCUCGUUACGCUCAGAAACUAAAAAAAACUGCAGACAUUUUAUAAUAUAUUUUACUAAAUAACAGUAUAACGUCUAAAUAAUACAUAACGUAUAGCUCUACGAAGUAAAGUUAGUUUCAAUAAUAACACGAACAUAAUUUUUUACUAGAAAUAAUCGUGUGUAAAUUAUUAAUUUAACACAAAUAUCCUCUGUAUCGAAAUACUUUAUAUUAUUCGAGUUACGGUGAAGUGUAUUAGUUUCAUGAAGACAUGGGAAGUUUAAUUAAAUUCCUAGUGGAUUCUUUUCGGUGAGCUAUUAUUUUUACAACGAUGUAUUUUUUUUUUUUUACUCGGGAUGCCCUUUUCGGGACAAUAAACAUUUUUGAGUGCUUACAUAUUAAUUAAUAAUAUAUGCUAACAUAACACAUGAGUAUGUGACCGUUUGGAUAAGUAAUUAAAUACGGAUACGUCACUUGAGAAAAGGUCAAAUAUUUCCCCAGUUAUAUGAGCCGUGAAAAUGAAGAAAAACCGAAAAAUCGACCAUUAUACCGACCUAGUCUUUUAAUAUUAUUAUUUUCAGCUCUACUCAAAUUAUUAUCAUUAUUAUUAUUAUUUUUUUUUUAAACGUAAUAACCAUCGUGUUUUUAAAAAUAUAAAUAUCAAACGUUUCAAUUAUUAUGUACGUACCAGGGUGAAUAUUAAUAAGUAUUAAUAAGGCUAACAACAAUAUAAUAUUUUUGUCUAGAAUUAUUAUUAUUUUAAUGAAAUUUAUAGUAUAGUUUAUUGGUAUUACAUUACAUGGAAUUUUAAUGCGAGAUUAUUAUACUCGUUCAAUAUAAAUAUCCGUGGGUGCUCACCGAAUCGCAUUUUAUCGAGAGCACUUAAAAAUUCCAAAAAAUCUCUUGUAAAAACUUUAAAGAAUCGAGCUUCAUUCGCGAUAAUGUUGUUUUUUUUUUUUUUUAAAUUUACUACCUCAUAAUACUAUAUUAUAAUAUUGAUCAUUUAUUAUCAUUUAUUUUAAAUCUACCGUGGAAAUGGUUAUAAGGCAAUGUACAUCUACAUCACCUGCUCUGUAUUAUUUUUUCUUUUAGAAAUAAUUCAAACGGUGUCUAUUAUUAUGUAAACCAAGAAUUAUUGGUUCAGUCGUAACGCGUCAAAUUUUCAUUUCAAAUUAUCAUAUAUUCAUAAAAUAUUCAUAGGCAUUUGACUUUUGUUUUUUAGUUUUUAUUUGGUUUUAUGUGGAUAAAAUUGUUUGACUGAACACAAAUGUUUGAAAAUUCAAACACGAUAUUCAUUAUUUAGUUACACUUAGUGGUUAAAAGAAAAGUUGAUCGUAAUGUAAUAAUUUUAUUUAUAAGCGUUUUAAGUUCACAAUUUGAUGAAAAUCGUAAAAAUGACGGCAUUUCGAAACAUGUUUAAUCGUAUUUCGACAACAAUGAUUUAUCGUUGCGUAUACAGAUAAUAAUUAAACAGCUAUAUGUAUCCUAGAUUCCAGCAUUCCACCUAAAACAGUGGCACACAGCAGUAGCAGCAUCAGCUGUAUCAGUUAUUAUUUUGUGUAUAUACAUAAAAUUGCCAUACAAACAUUUUUUUGAACUUAUUUUUAUACAAUUAUAUAACCAUUAAACAAAUAACAAAUAUUUUUUUUUAUUUUAUAAACAUUAUGAAAUAUCGAGUAGGUAUCUUAUGUAAAACGAAUCAUACUACAUAGGCAUGUAAACUGGUAUUAAAAUAUACUUAUACGGUUUAUCCUUUUUCAAUGAUUUCCUCAUGAAUAAUUCAUCUCCGCUAUGGACCAUUUAUAUUCUGUUUACACAUUUGCUAUUUGUGUUUUUGUAUUAAAGCUUUUUGUAUGUUUUAGUCGUAUUUAUACCGAUUAAAUAGUAUUCGCAUGAAGGUGAUAAUAUCAUUAAAAUUAAGUACCUAAGUAGUGCAUAAUAUGUAUAAUGUGUAUACAAAAGAGCAAUUAAGCAUAUUUUUUAAAGGCUUAAGUAAUAAUAGGAAAACAAAUUAAACAAUACAUUUUAAUAACAACGAUAAGUUCAGUGAACUGUAGUCAAAACAAUUUUUACAAAAUAUUAUCAAAGUAUAAAAUAUUUUAAUUGUACCUACUUAUAUUAUGAAAUCAUCUAAAUAUAAGAAAUUCGUUCUAUUAAAUAUACAAUAAUCAAUUAUGUUAGUUAUUUUAUAUUUUUUAGUACCUAUAGUAUUAAAACUAUAAUAAUAAUGUACAAAAUCCCAACCAUUUAUGUUUAUGUAAAUCAAAUGACGAACAAAUUGUAUUAUUAUUUAAAUUUUCGUUCGGAUGGAUAAAGAGUAAAAAAUAAUUUGAAAAUAAAGAAGUCGAUAUUAUUGCUUUUCUGUUUUCCGUGAAAAAAAAAAACAAAACGUAUGUAAUAAUAAUUUAUUAUAACGGACUGCAAUGAGUACGGUUUAAAAAAAAUAAUAAUGCAAUUUGAUAAAAACAAAUUUAUUUAUUUUUUCGUUAUGGUUUUAUGUAUUCGGAAUGCUUACAAAACAUAUAUAUUUUGUUCAUUAUUAUUAAAACCAAAAACAAAAAAAAAAAAAAAAUAAUAAUAAUAAUAUAAAAAAGUAAGUAGUUUAAUAAUGAAACCACAGUGUCGGUGUAGAAUAGUAAAACAGACGAUUUCAUUUUGAAUUCUUUUCUUGGUGAGAUUUCAAUAGCUUAAAUAAUAUAUAUUAUAAUAUCGAUGUGUUUAUUUUCAGUCACAAUAAUAUAAACUUCAAUAAACCGCGCUGAGUUACACGGAAGGAAUAUUGAUGUCUCAUCCGUAUUUGCUUUUUCGUAACGAAUCAAUCAAUACGUAAAAACAUAAUAAACCUUACUUGGGGCGGAUUUUUUUCUUCCUAAAAGAUUAUAAUAUUUGAUGUAUCAUUACAGAUUGAAUAUUCACUUAUUGGUAGGCACUUGCAUUUCAAAUCGUCCGAUAAAACUGUACGAUGUACCUAGUUAUAUAUUCAAAUUGGAAAAUUAAAAUAAGGACUGCGAGACUUGAAAAAAUGAUCGUCCUUUGUAGUUAUUGAAUUGACUCUGACCCGUGCCUAACCUAACCAAUAAUAAUACGCCCGCAGGUUACGUGUUUGUGUACAUUGGCAUUUAUUUAUUUCGUGUAUAACACCGUUAAUGAUAUUUAAAUAUCAAAGUAUGAAAAACAAAAUUUACAUUUAUAAUAUUGAAUGUAUCCGAGCUGAUAAUACUUACAUAAUUGUUGAAAAUAUUAUUAUUUGUAAAAAAGAUGCGUACCGUCUUUAUUUGCCAUAAUAGAAAUAAUUACUAAGGGAACACUAAAAAAAAAAAGAAAGGAACUCUAUUCCUGCUCCAAUUCAAACACGCUGUAUCAUAAACAAAAAAAAAAAAAAAACCAAACAAACAAACAAACUUCUGUAGACAAACAGCAUUUUUUUUUUUAUUUACACGCAAUUUAACCUAAAAUUAACAAAAUAUGUUUUUCGUGAGUUUUAUCUCGUAAAUUUUUAAAACAUGUAUUAACAAUGCGGACGUGCUGCUAAAAGAAUCCGAGAAAUUCGAGUUCACACGUGAGUUAACCGUAACAAUAAAUUUACACGUGUGAAUAGUUAUAAUAAAACGAAAAGGUACUACUUGUGAAUAUAAUACACGUGCUAUAAAAAAAAGUCAUGAAUAUGUAGGUAUUUAAAUAAUUUAUUAUGUAGAUACCUAUUAUGCCGGUACAAUAUGAAAUCAUAAUAAUUCCAAAAAUGGAUCAAAAUCUUAAUAACAAAAAAAAAAAAAAACAAUCAAACGAAUAAAUCAAAUUCUUUAGUCUUUUUCUAUGUUUUGUGAGAAAUAGAUGUUCGAUAAUUUGGAUAAUAUAAAUUAGUGAUAUAAUAAUAAUGAACUUGUACUUUAUAGUCAGUGAGACAAAAAAAAAAAAAAAAAUAUUAAAAUGAUUUUCUUAAAUAAUACACAGAAAAAAGACUAAAGAAAUUAAAUUAUUUAAAAAAAAACAAAUAAUAGUUGAAUUGCUGGCAAUACUUUUUAUCGUGCAGCUUAUUGGUCUACAUUUAUGGAAAUUUCAAUCGCCUAAGAAUCCACUUUACUGUUUCCAUAAUAGUUAAGAAUUCAGAUUAUGAUAUUGCCAUAUGUUUUAACAAUUAGAACCAGUGAUUUCCUAUGGGAGGCUAAGAGGUUUCAGUUCACCGCCCAUUGAUCACAUUAAAAUACAAAAAUAAUAAUAUGAAUUAUGCAUCAUUGGGAACUAUUACUAUUCAUAAAAUAAUCUCAUUAGGAAAACAAUAUUUUUAUAUUUGCAUUAUACUAACGGAACUAAGUACAAUAAAAUUAAUAAAUGUAUAGGUACUAUUAAAUGAUGUAGGCACUUAUUGUAAAUUAACGUUAAAAAAAAAAUUGUGCGUAGGUAAUAGAUUCAAACAUAUUUUGCCCUUUAUUAUAGAUUCUCGAUAAACGAUUUACACCCUAAGAUUUCGUUCAAGGAUUUUCGAUGAUUGAUGAAUAUUGAACUAUGUAAAAUCAUUAUAUUGCCAUUAUUAUAAUAUUUCGCCUAGCUUUUCUGAAACUGCAGACGUUCUUGCGGCGACAGUGAAAUGCCAUUUUACUUUUUAUCCCAAUAAUGUCUAUGAUUUAAAUACGGUACAAUGGCGGUGAUCAUGCUUGAAUAGAAUUUCGAGUAGUUAGAGUUGACUGAGAUAUUAUACUUUUUUAUAAUAUAGAAUGCAUACAUACACACGCACACACAGAUGCCAUUAUCGAAUUGAAAUUUAAUGGUAUUAUUUACUAUACAGAGUAUAUUAUACAGUGGUGUAUGUAAAGCUUAAAGUAGCAUUUGACAACUCUUUCAUAUUUUUUUCCAAGUUAUUUGCAAAUUUCAAAGUUGCUACUUGUAGAUUAAGUUAAUACAGACUCUUGUUUUAAGUAAGUACGUUGGUGGAUAAGGGGUUCAAUUUAAUAUAUUUAAGCUGCCAAAGGUAUAAAAUAAGUCGUUUUUCUUUCUUUGAACAUCCCUUUUGGGAAGUCUUAUAAUGCAUAAAAAAAUAUAUUUGUGAACUCAACUACCUAAUAAUCGUUAAAUAUAAAACAAAUUUUUUUCCUUUUUCAGAAUUAAUGAAGUGGUGUGGCCUUAAGGCAUCUGCCACUAUGUCACUACAGUGGGUUUUAUUAUUGGCAUUAGUUACGACUUUAAUUGCAGCCGAAAAGAGUGAUGACGAUGAAACUGAAAAUGAUCUGCUUAGUAGAUGGUUGGACAAUAGUGGAAGGGGAUUUGGUACAUGGAGAUCACCUCCAGAAGAUGAAGACGAAGAACUUGAAUACCCAGGAAACAUAUUUAAACACGGUAAGUACAUUUUUCAACGUGGACUUGUUAAAGUAAAUAAGUACUCAAUAUAAAUAUGUUCUAUUGAUCGUCAGAUAUAGAUUAAACUAAAUUGAGUUGUUUCGAUGUACGUUUUUCAUAAUAUUUAUAGCGAACUGUUCGUAUAUUUUAUUAUUCUAUUUUCUGGUGCAUAUAUUCAAUAAUACAUACAAAUAUACAAAGGAAUAAAGUUUCGUGAAUUUUAAAAUAGGUAAAAACUGUGAAACUGUGGCUUUAAAGAAUGUGUAUGCAAUUAAUACAAUUAGGUAGGACACAUUAUUACAGGCAAUGUGGAAUAUCGGACAUAGUGUAUUUUUCUCGGGUGAUGUGAACUGUAAACAGAACAAUUUAUUUUAAUGUAAAAUGUGUGACUAAAAAAUGAUUAAGGUUUACUGUUGGAAUUAUUAUUUUUUUUAAAUUGUUUUAUUGUUAAUUUAAGGUAAAAUACUUUAUAUAUAUUUGUCAACAUUUUUCAAAAAUACUUUUUGCCAUAUGAAAUAAAAAAAAAAAUAAAAAAUAUACUAUCAAAUAUAUUUAUGAUUUCCAUUAAAACAAAUUCAAUUUCUAUUUCAAAAUUUCCUAGCAAAGAUCCUAAAGAAGCAUAAUCCGUUUUCAUAAUUGUCAGUAAAGUAUUAUUCCACAUAGUUUUGUCUGGCUUUUAUUAUGUAUGAAUUAAUAGAUUUAAAUAUUAAUAUAUUACUUAAAAGAGAGGAGAAAUAUAAAUAUAUUAUAUACUAAUUACAUUUGUGUUUUGUUCUGUUAAACGCACUGUAUAAACACCCUAGAUUAAUGUAUUUUAUUAAAAUUGUAGUACCUAUUAUUAUUUUCCGAUAUCAAAUUUAUAACUUAAUAAAUUGUUAAUAAAAAUGAUCUAUCCGAUCGAUUGUGAAUUGUGUGUCGUCUUAUUGAGUUCACAUGUUUUUCGUUACAUAAUUUCCCAAUAUUGUUAUGUUAUAUGUAUCAUACGUGUAGUAUCUAUAAAACGCUAUUUGUUUUAUAUUUUAUAGAUAUUUAAUUAUUAUUAUUUUUAUAAAUGAAACCGAUAAAAAUAAUGAAGCGAAAAAAUCAUACAGAAUUUGUUUUAAUUAAAUUAUAAACGUGAUUGAUAAUUAUAAUACGAUUUUUGUUCCCUUUGAAAUAUCUAAUGUAAUAAUAAAAACCCAUAUCAAUAAAAUAUUAAACAUAUUAACACUUUUCAUGUUAAAAUAAAUUGUUUUAUUUACAAUUCACAUUAAUCGUCCAGUACAAUUUGCCCGAUAUUCCACGUUGUUCGUGAUAGGUAAUAAUUUUAAUUUGGAUUUAAACACUAGUAUUGUAACGAUCAUUUUGAAAUAACUCGGUAUUAUAUUAAAAUUUCAGUAAAUGAUAUACAUAACAGUGAUUAUUAAUUUUAUAAUAUUUGUAAUUGGUUUAAAAUAAAUUAGUUGUAUAAUAAGUUUAAUAAGUCUAAUUGUUACGUUGAAAAAAUGAGAUGGUGUGUAUAACGAACAUACCAUGUAUAAAAAGAUUUCUAAUAAAUGUACGAUGUAUUGUAAAAUUUUUCAAUUUUAAGUGCUUGGGUUUAGAAAGUAAAAUAUUUCAUUUUUUUACCGAGCAAAAAUAUUAUAGUUUGUCAAUUUGUUUCUAUUUUUAAUUCGCGUAAUGUGUAAUGUGUAACAUUAUAAAUGCAUAACAUGUAUUAGAUUAUUACACAUUUUGGACACUAUUACAAUAAAAUGUUAAAAUAGGAAUAAACGAAUGCAAUUAAAAAUAUCUAUGUAUUUUGGGUUUACAAAAAAUAUUCAAAUGCCAUUAAAAUUUGUUACGUAGUUAACUCAUAAAAAUAUUAAACAUACGGAAUAUUUUUUACUGAAUUUAUUUAUAAAUAAUAGUGAUUUUUAAUGGAAAUUCACCUAUAUUGUUCGUUCAUCUAAAUAUUAAUUAUCUCAAAUAUAUUAGGUUUAUAACUUCAUAUUUUCUUAUAAAAUUAUAGUUUUUAUAUUUAUAAGCAGGUACCUAUAAAUUGUAUUAAAAAAAACACUUAGAAUUCAUUUAUCAAAUAAUCUUUGUGACCGUUCACAUCAAUCACAAGGUUUUAUCAUUAUUAUUAUUUUUUUUUCAAUAUAAACUUUUUAAAGUAACUAUAUAGGUACAACUAUUUUUAAUGAAUUCUUAUUCGUUCUCUUUCAACGUGUCAACGUUUGAAAGGUCUGUUCAUUAUACUUAUAUAAUAAAAUGUUAUAUACAAAUAAGUAUGUUAUUGGAAAUAUUUUGUUCAUUAUUAUAUAUUUUUUUUCGACCAAUGUUGUCUAGUUUAACAGGUCAUAUACCUUACUUACAGUAAUUCUAGGUGACUCAAUGGCAACUUUAAGAUAUCAGGUAUUAACUAUAUCUUAGGAAACUAUUGUGUUAGUCCCAAAGUUUCAUUAGUCGACCAUUUUAUUUGAGAAACUAUUUCUUAAGUCAACGAUAUCUUCCAAAAGUUUCAAUUUAUAUAGUGUUACAAUUUGUGAUAAAAUUAAAAUUUUCGAUGUGAUGGCGAAGAUGGUAAGCCGGAAUGGUUAGUGAUAGGGAUUUUUUCUCUAGAAUGGGGGAACUCGAAAAAUAUAUUAAAUAUGUUUUCAUUCGCUAACACAUUAAAUGCAAUGUAUUAAUUUAAAUUUCACAAUAAAUUAUAUGUAGUAAUUUAUAGUCUCUCAUAAUAUUACAAUAAAUGAAAAUAGUUCGUUUUUAGACAGCGUGUAGAGUUACGUAGGUACGUAAUAAAUUGUAUAAAUACCGAAGGAAAUGAUCGAAAUAUUUUUUUGUUAUUGUUGAUAUUAUAAUUAAAUAAGCUGAUUACGACGUGUUACAGAGAACAGGAAACGAGCACUUUCAUUUUUGACACACUGGAGACCAUGGAAUCAGCUGAGUGGCAAUGGCAGACACGUAAUCCGAUCACCGUUCAGUUCGUUUUUCCCGGCCGCGAAUGCACCGGAAAAGGGCAUAAGCAGGCCAGUAGGACAACCACUCAGAUGGGGACGUCGUAGACGUCGAUAGGCUUUUACAAAUUAUUAAUCGACUAUAAAAUAUGUUUAAUCAAUAUUAUAAUAAUAAUAUUAUGCAAUUAAUAUAUUAAAAUAUACAUUUUUCUUUGUUCGGUAUGUUAAAUAGCGUAUUUUGUUAUGUUUUUUUUUUCGGUCUUCGAGCAAUUAUUGUAAUUCGACUUUCCAUUUCCCGAAUACCAAUAAAAUAGAUUACUUACAUAUUAUUUAAAAACCUAUCUAAAUAUCUUACUCAUAUUUUCGGUUAAUCAUCUGUUGUGCAUUUUUAGUAAUAUAUUAUAAUAUUUAUUAAUGGC